AUGUCCCAAAUUACAAACAUCUUGAAAAGGGAAUGGACUCCCUCAGAUCAUAUAUUAUCGGUACAUUGCCUAUCUCGAAGAAUUGCAUCGCAAAAAUACCUUGAACUCCGUCAUAUUAAAUAUCCAGAUCUAUCAGUUCCAUUAAUAUAUAGGCCAAGAGAUGGAUGUAAACAAAAUUACCUCAUCUCAAUUCCCGGUUCAUCCGAGAAACAAGAACUAGUAAAAAAUAAUAUAGUAUAUUUACCGUUGAAUACGCUUCCUGAAAAAUUUAUAAAAGAUAUAUUAAGUGAAGAAAAAAUAAUUGAUUGGGAUUUGGGGUAUGCUAUGACUGUGCAUACUAGUCAAAGGAUGACGCUUGAAGCUCUACAACGAGUUUGGAUUAUCGAUGAAUAUUUGGUGUGGGAUAAUCUAAUAUAUCUUACAGUAGGUCGUGUAGAAUAUUUGAAUCAACUUGUGCGAAUUGAAGGUCCCCCAUUGCCUCCUGAGAUUGAGGAAGCAAAAAAUAAGAAAGCAAUUGAGCGAUCUUUAAAUUCGCAAAAAAAUACAUGUGAAUUAUUUCUCAAUGAAAUGUUGUGGGAAUGGAAUGAAGCUGGAAAUCCUGGUCAAUGGUCGGUUGAUGCCACAUUGAAGGGAAUGUACGUCUUGUCUGUCUUGAAUGCAAUCGGAAUCAUCGAGUCUGACUCACACAAUGAAAUCGGAACAUUAGCAAUUAUGUGA